GGUCUUCUAAAUGCUGAGCGCCAGCAGAGGGCUGAGGAACAAAACUACAGCUUCCUGACAGCUUCAAACUGUGCUGAGCAGAGACACGCAGCAGCUUGUGGUGAACGUCUUUUUUCCAUCAUGUCCUCAGAUAUUACAACCGACUUGGAGCUGGAGCUGGGCGACGUGCUGCAGGAGUUCCAGGAUGUUGUGGAGGAGCUGAAGGCCCCCUCGGAAAGCAAACAUCAUUCUUACCAGCAGGUCCUGCGCGAGGCCAAGAGCCGCACUGAUGACAGUGGAGUGGAAGACUCUGAUUACAGCAGUGGAGCAUCUAUGGGAAACAGUUUGAAUGCCAGCGAGGAGGAGCUUCACAAAGCAGACACGACGCUGGCGCUGAAAGCCAAGCUGGGAGACACGGAUGAACUUGAGAGUUUUAUCAACAUGUUGGACCAGGAACUUGCAGAGAUGUGAACAGAGAUACGGGGAGGGCGAGGCACCGAGGAGAAAGUGAGAUCCACGCCAGAGCAGAUCUGAUGGAGCGAACGCUUGUCUCGCCUCUUCGGGGACGGGGGGGGAAGGUUGCCUUCAGAAAUUAAAAGGGCACUCGCUUCAAUUUGGAAAUGCAAGAACACCCUCAGACACCCUUCGGCAAUUCAGCGUCCAGCCACGCACCCCCCUCAUCCCCACAGCAAGUCCAAGAUGUGUGACAUAUUCCCCCAAAAUAGACAAAGCUUCCAUCUGUCUGACAUGAAAAAACGCUGCCCAGAGUAUAGGGAGGAUGUUAAAAUUCUCAUAAGUGCUGUGCCGGUAAAAGGCCUUAAAUCUUCAUUUCCAUUUAUCUUUAAAAAGCCUGGGCCUUGCCUGGUUUAAAAUUACAGAUUGCACUUUAGCUUGAAAGCCUAUUUGAAAUCCAACUAGUUUAGAUCUGCUGUGUGUCAUUAGAGGCUACUUGUGAAUCAACAUUUAAAGUGUACAGUUUUUGUGAAUAUUCUUUUUUUUAUAUACAUUGUUGUAAUAUAAUUGAACACAUAAAUAAAGCAACAAUUUUGACUGAACUUUA